UUUGACUCUCCUAACCAACAUGUUUUCUGACUGGACUAGCGCUUUUGUUGAAACUCUGAUGGAUUUUAAUCAUUUUAGGAGAGAAAUAAAUGUGAAAACGCGCCGAGCGGUGCAGUCCGACACGGUGAAUAUGUGAUGUUUGGAGACAGUUUAAAGUGAAUCCAGAGCCCACCAGAGCUCUACAUGACCUCAGGACGAAGAGACACAAGUCCGCUACAGAUUCAAUCAGUGUCCGCCUUCAGAACAGGUCCUGGAUUUGUUUAUAAGGCUUUUAUCAGUGAAGAGAAAACACAAGUGUCCGAGUAUCCUGACUGCACGGAGGACACAGUGGCUGAGUUGAGUCUCCACGGUUCUCAUGGUGUGUUUAAUUCCACCCCGUGCUCUGUACAUCGCAUCAGUCUAGUUAGACUCUGUUCUGAAUAGACACUCGAAACUAUGGCAGAAGUCGCUCCAGCUCCCGCCGCCGCUCCGGCCAAAGCCGCCAAGAAGAAGGCCGUGAAAAAGGCCAAAACCGGACCCAGCGUCCGCGACCUCAUCACCAAGACCGUGGCCGCUUCCAAGGAGCGGAACGGCGUGUCUCUGGCGGCUCUGAAGAAGGCUCUGGCCGCAGCUGGAUACGAUGUGGAGAAGAACAAGGGCCGCAUCAAGGUGGCCGUCAAAAGCAUGGUGGCCAGUGGGGUCCUGACCCAGACCAAGGGCACCGGGGCUUCAGGCUCGUUCAAGAUGAGCAAGAAGGCGGAAGCCAAGCCCAAGAAGAAGGCUGUGAAGAAAGCAGCUCCCAAAGCCAAGAAGGCAGCGGCCAAGAAACCUGCAACCCCCAAGAGGCCGAAGAAGCCAGCAGCAGCAAAGAAGGCCCCGAAGAAGUCCCCGAAGAAGGCGGCCAAGAAGGCCCCGGCGGCCAAGAAAGCAGCAGCAAAGAGCCCCAAGAAGGCCCCCAAGAAGGUGACCAAGAAGCCUGCGGCCAAGAAAGCCCCUGCAAAGAAGGCAGCGGCCAAGCCCAAAGCAAAGAAGGCAGCAGCCAAGAAGAAGUGAGCUGAACCUG